CCCGCCCACCGGAAAACUCCGAGGACAUGAGUCGUCGCCUGGCUUGGCGGUUCUUGCUUUCCCAAGGCAGCGGGGAUCGUUGGGUUUCAAGCCCCCGCGGGUAUUUCUCGCCGGCCCCGCGGAGAGGUGAGGCAAGACGUCGUGUCAUAGAUGCCUGAGUGCUCUCUAGGGAGACGACGACCGUGGGUCGCGCCUGCUCGAGCGGACCCGGGAAGGUGCCACGCCCUCCUCCCCUGCUCACGCCUUGUGCUGGCAACACCGCCGCCUGCUGCCCCGACUUGCCGGGCUCGCCCCCAGGGGCGAGGACUGCGGAAAGCACCGCCUUUCUCGUCGUAGAGCGAGCCUUGGAAGGCCUGGGCUUCACGCCCGGCUUCUUAGCCCAUGUUUCCCUUUUUUGGUGACAAGAAGCUUGUAGAUUUGUCAGGAGCCAGAGUAAGGUCAUCUGUGUUUGAGGGUGUCCCGAUUUCUUUUAUGGCCUGUUCAAAGUUAGAUUGUUUAGGUGCUGGCCUUCAGCCCAGGUUUUUAAGUCAUAAAUUUCAGGUCACGUCUGCCUUAUUCUCGCUGGAAUUCUCAGUAUUUUCAGUCACAUUGUAGAUUUAGUGGGGGGGGGGGGGGAAACCUGAAUACCGAACCUACAAGUUUCCAACCGGUUGGCACCUCUGUUAACAGGGUGUUCUGAAGAUACCUGACUUAAUUCUGAGAAAUGUUUCUAGGGCUAGGUUUUGUUGUCGUUUUUUACCCCUAGUUUUUAAACUUCCCUCCCAAUUUUUAAACUUUUUAAGCUGGUCCACAAAAUAGGCAAAUAGACACCUCAUACCAAUCUUAGCAUUCUCUGUUCACCUUCUUGAAUCUUCAGUGCCGGACUUCUUCACUACCACAACCAAAGAGGGAUAUGAUAGGCGGCCAGUGGACAUAACUCCUUUAGAACAAAGGAAAUUAACUUUUGAUACCCAUGCAUUGGUUCAGGACUUGGAAACUCAUGGAUUUGACAAAACACAAGCAGAAACAAUUGUAUCAGCAUUAACUACUUUAUCAAAUGUCAGCCUGGAUACUAUCUAUAAAGAGAUGGUCACUCAAGCUCAACAGGAAAUAACAGUACAACAGCUAAUGGCUCAUUUGGACUCUAUCAGGAAAGACAUGGUCAUCCUAGAGAAAAGUGAAUUUGCAAAUCUGAGAGCUGAGAAUGAGAAAAUGAAAAUUGAACUAGACCAAGUUAAGCAACAACUAAUGCAUGAAACCAGUCGAAUCAGAGCAGAUAAUAAACUGGAUAUCAACCUAGAAAGGAGCAGAGUAACAGAUAUGUUUACAGAUCAAGAAAAGCAACUUAUGGAAGCAACUACAGAAUUUACAAAAAAGGAUACCCAAACCAAAAGUAUUAUUUCAGAGACCAGUAAUAAAAUUGAUGCUGAAAUUGCUUCCUUAAAAACCCUGAUGGAGUCUAACAAACUUGAGACCAUUCGUUAUCUUGCAGCCUCAGUGUUUACUUGCCUGGCAAUAGCAUUGGGAUUUUAUAGAUUCUGGAAGUAGUAUUAAUGCUCAUACUGCUGCAGCUAUUGGCUUCUUAGAACACCAAACCAGGAGAAAUUUACUUUGAACAUUGUCAGUUGCAGCAAAACUUUACUACACAAGUUUAUUUAAAGUAUACAUGGACUAAAAGAGGAAGUGUUUUAGAAUGAGAAGACAUAUUUUGUCUUUAUUGUAUGUGUGUCUUACUAUAUUGAAAAGCUGUCAUUCAAACCUGGUUUGAGAUAGAAGAGCAUUUUCCUUUUGAUAAUUCACAGAAAUUGAACCAAUUUUCUUGUGUUUGCUUGAACAAUUGUGUAAAUCAUACAGGAUUUUGUUGAUAUUGGCUGCAUAUUUGAAAACUAUUCCCUAGCCUACAUACUUAUUACUGAAAUAACUUUCCUGUAAUUGCCUAAUUACAUUUUUCUAUAAAAUAAAAGAUUAUUA